CGCGGGGAGGGCGGGGCCGGUCGCUCUGCGUCUUGCGGGCUCGACGUCGUCCGAGCGGCCCCUGGGUGACGCCGCCGCCGGGGACCCUGCGCGCGGGGCUUGUUUUUAGCCCGCCGCCCGGCCGGGGCGUCGCUGGGGGUUCCCGGCUCUGGGCCCGGGACUCGCGGCCCCGCGGGAGGGGCGCAGUUACCGGCGGGGACGGCUCCAGGACCUCAGUGCUGCCGGAGUCCGACACGCCCCCUCCUUCCCCCCCCUCCCCUCCCCUCCCCUCCGGGGCUCGGCCUCGCGCGCCCCCUCCCCUCCGGUGUUCCCCGCCUGUCGAGCGUGGGCGUGAUGUGCUGGCGGGGGCGGCCGGUGUUCCGGGAGACUUAAUCACGUGACACAAAUCUUUGCCGCUUGGCGACUCCAGGCCAAACCUGGAGGGUUGGCAGCUCUCAUACCGGCCUGUGUCCAGCUGCUGCCGGGAGAGGGGACUUUGGCCCAGGCCUGGCCCCACCCCUCUCCCCCGGGCAGUGCCUGUCGCAUCUCUGCGGGGCUUCCGGAGCAAACAGUGUCAAAAAGAAAAACAAGCUGCCUCAUAACUGAGCGUAGGGGCGGCCUUCUGAUCAGGUUAUUGGUGUUAUUGAGAGGGUGAUAGCUCCCAAAAUGUGCUAGGCCUUUCCAGACACAGAGCGCUCGGGUCCUGUCCAGAAGAGCAGGGCAGUGGAGUUACUGCUCCAUGUCACAGAGAGACAAAAUAAAGAGUUCCGAAGAAACAUCAGCAAAAUUAGCAGGCACAUUUUAAAGUACUAAUUAUUGUUUCACCCUGAGUGUUUAACUUUUUUAAAUUUGGUCGUCCUCUCUCCCAUACAGCUGCAUCAGCCAAAGGAAAAAAAAAUGACAUCUCUAGGGAAGAAAACCGACUGUGCCUCGUCACCCAUCCGUGGACCUGGAGAUGGCAUGGAAACUGAGCAGCCACCUAAAACUGUGGAAGUAAUUGCUGGAGCCCACAAUGCAAGUCGUCAUGCCCAUCACAGUCCACACAAGAAAGCUAUCUCUUCCCUGAGUCCCGGAGUUCUCCAACUCGGGAAAAUACAUAGUGAUAAGUCAGUGGAGAUUGAAGCUGUUCGAAUACUGGUUCCCAAAGCUGCUAUAACUCAUGUUGUUCCUACCAAAAAUGCUAAGGUGUCUAAAUCCCUGGGACACCAUAAAGGAGAGGAUUUCAGCCAGUCAGAUGGAGUCAUAGAACCCAAGAAAGAGCUGUUGGAUCUAAAAAAUGCAGUAGAAAAGCUCAAGAAUUCAGAAAGGAGAUUGCUACAGGAUAAAGAAGGUCUUUCCAACCAGUUACGUGUACAGACAGAGGUGAAUCGAGAGCUGAAGAAGUUACUUAUUGCUUCUGUUGGGGAUGACCUGCAAUAUCACUUUGAACGCAUGGCUCGUGAGAAAAAUCAGUUGAUCCUAGAAAAUGAGGCCCUAGGCCGGAAUACAUCUCAGCUGUCUGAACAGUUAGAGCGGAUGUCUAUACAGUGUGAUGUGUGGCGCAGCAAAUUCCUAGCAAGCAGAGUCAUGGCUGAUGAGCUAACCAAUGCCAGAGCAAUUCUUCAGCGCCAAACCCGGGAUGCACAGAGUGCAAUUCAGGAUCUGUUGAGUGAACGUGACCAGUUCCGUCAAGAAAUGAUUGAUACACAGAAAUUGUUAGAAGAGCUGCUGGUUUCUCUACAGUGGGGGAGGCAGCAGACUUAUUAUCCUAGUGCUCAACCCCACACUACAGCAGAGCUAGCAGCAGUGAACCAUAAACUGGCUAAAGCAGUGAGCUCCCACCUUCUUGGAAAUGUUGGCACUAACACUCCAAAAAAGGCUUCCCCACCAACAGAGUUCUGCAACACUCCUGCUGAGAAAAUGGCUGAAAUGGUGCUGCGAGUGUUGGAUCCAGUUGCCUGUACUGAAGCAUCACCAGAAGUUCCCUUUUCUGAGCCUUCCCCACCCUCCUUCCUUUCUACAAAGAAGAACAUUGGUCGGUUUCACCCAUACACCAGAUAUGAAAAUAUAACUUUCAACUGCUGCAAUCAUUGCCAGGGAGAACUGAUAGCCCUUUAAAAUCAUUGUGCUGAAGACAAAAAGCCAGUGUGUCUGUAGAUAUGCUAACUUUUUGCUGAAUGACACUAGUGAUUUAUCCAUUUGGAUUUCCUUCUUUGCUAUUAUCUUCCUGGGGGUUUGUUACGCUAGAAACAAUGUACUUUUUACUUCCUAUACCUCUCAUGCUUAGGGACCAUCUACAAUCUGUGGUGAGAUCAUAGCUUCUACAAGGCUGGAAUAUGGUUAAUGCUCCCAUCUACAAGGGCAAGACCAAAAUGUUACAACAUAAAUUUACACAAUUUAUAGUGUAAAUAGCUCCUUAGAUAUGUAGGAUUUGUAAUAAUAUUAUGAAACCUUAAUGGAUUUCUGCUCAGGGGAAGACAAAACCAUGAAACUAUUUAGGAACAUAGACAAGUGAUGCAUCCACUUGAAACCUCUGAAUAGUGCUUCCUUUAAAAGGGAGUUGAAAUAAAUGCUAAAGUGAGAAAGGUUGAUUUAUUAUUUAAGUAUUUUCAUUUUAAAAAGGGCAAUAGAAAGCACAAUCAUUUCUAUGUGGUUUAAUUUUUCUGUGUAGUGUUACUCAGUUUGCUGUGGUGCUAUGGUCAAGUAUUUAUAGUCCUAAUUAAGUUAAAGGAUCAGAUGCAAUUAACAUUGUGGGUCUUCAAGUUCAGAAGGGGGCAGCAGGGCCCUUACCUUGAUGGAAAAGGGUAGAGAAGCCUCUUUAAGAAGAAACUUGAAUGAAAUUGAAAGGUGUUGGUGCUGAAUGGAGUAUGGAACCUAAUGUGCAUGACAGUUAUUUCUGUGUGUACAUGAGGUUGAAACAAGUGGAUUAGAAGCAUUUUAACUCCUAGAACCAAGCUGCUGCCUAGCUGAUGCAGCAAAGAUUGAUGUAGCUCCUUUAGUGCAUAGUUUUAAAAACAAACUUACCCUAUGCUUAGAGGCAAGAUACUACACAUGAAAAUCUUUCAUAGGUAUUAUACCCGUGGAAGGGCCUGCAUCAUCAAAUACUAUGUAUGCAUAAGUAGUGACAGAGCAUACUAUAUUUUUACUCAUCUGGCUUUAUUAGGUUAAUGAGACAAAUUCAAAGUAUGUACUAGUAACCAGCCUGCCGAAUACAGCCCAAGAAGACAGCUUGCAGGGUUCUUCUCUGCUUGCUUAUUUACAAGUUAGACAGGAUAUGAGUCUUCUACCAUAUGUUAGUGAGCUUUUGAGCUCUUUUUGAACAAAAGUCAUUCAUAGAAAAAUCAUGCUGGUAUCUUGCAGCACACCAGUAUCCUGCCACCCCCAACAGACACAGUAUGCAUAGCCAUGCUAUGUAAUUAAGGAAAAGGUCUCUAAACCAGUCACUAACACUUUUUUUGGUAAAUCUAGUACUGUAUACCAGGUAUAAAAGGCAUAAGUUUUUUGACUGUUACUCUUGGCCAUGCUUUGGCCUCUGCAAUUAAUAUGUUACAAUAAACAUUCUCUACCUACUUUUAUCAUGAA